UUCUUGUCAGUAUUCUUGUUAGCUCACCGAGCCAUCUGCACUGGCUCGCCACUGUACCAGUAUGAUCCCGACACAGUGAAGGAUUGCAUCGAGUGGUACAACAACGACGAAAGUGAUACCUGCGACUAUGUGCGCAAGUACUUUGGCAUAACCCCAGCAGAGUUUACGGCUUGGAACCCUUCCCUCAGCACCAACUGCGAGCCAUGGUACGAGUGGACGUCGUACUGCAUCGUCACCGAAACAAAGCUAAACGCCACGAGACCAACGACAACCUCAUCCUCCAAGGUCUCUUCCAGUACGACCGGCGUCGCCACGCUUGCUCCGUCUCCAACUGCCUGGACGGCACUUGGCUGCUACGUGGAAGACUCGACCAUGCCAAUCCUGGAGCAAAACAUGAACCCGAACGGCGACUCGUCUCUCACUAUUCCCAAGUGCAAGAACAGUUGCUCCCGCCGUGCAUUUGGAUUCGCAGGUGUCCAGAAGGGCAACCAAUGUUGGUGCGGUAGCUACGUUGGCGGAAGCUGGGCCAGCAACCAAACCUACUGCAACUCGACAUGCACUGGCGACAAGAACUCAUUUUGUGGCGGAAAUGGAUAUCUCAAUGUCUUCAAGGCUUUGCAAAAUCUAGCAACUACUUCUGCUUCUGCCACUUCUGCUUUUACUACUACCUCUUCUGCUUCUACUGCAUCUACCGCUGGUGCGAACAAGCUCGGUGCGGCGAUUAGGAACGUAGGUUGGGAGGGACCGUGGGCUAUGUAA